AUGUUGAUCAUCCUCUCACUCCCACCCAAGACUUUCGUCGGUUUAGAUCUAGUGUCAUUCAAUUCCUCGCCCAACUUUUACGGCGUCGCCACAAUCCCGCGAGGGUUUCAUUUUCUGUACACUGGGACCGAUGCCUCUCUAUCGAUCCGACAUGGGAGAUGGCUGAAUUUGAACUCUGCAAACCCGAACCAAGUCUUGCGGUGGAACAGAGACGGAGAGUCCCUGCAGGUGGUGGACCAAAAUGAUCCAGACGCACGGAAUGCGAUCGCUGCCGUCUCGGACGGCCGCGGAUUAGUCGACUAUGCGGUAUUACAGGGCGCGACUUCGGAGCUAUCUGCAGGAGAAUCAAAGGGACACAAUGUAUCCGAGGCGGCAGCAGCAGCAGCGUCGGCCGACGAGGAUGGCCGCGCAGAAAGCACAGACUGGCCCGCUCUGACAACGUACGUCUCUUCUUCACUUCUCACACGCAUUCUCUCUCCAGACUGUAUCAUCUCGUCAAUCUCCUCUGCACCCAGUGACACCGAGACCAUCCCGGGCCUUUCGCACCUCGAAGCCUCGAAUGCCCUACAUCAACUACCCCUCGAUCUGCUGCCGGUCAAUCUCAAGCAGACGUGGGCGGGCGGGGACAUCGGUCGGGCCAGGACGGACAGGGCACGGGAUCGGAGCUGGUACCUAGGCCAACUGAUCGAGCAAGCCGCUCACGGAGCCGGCGGAGACAGAGCGCAGGGUGCGCGCGAGUUGCUCGGGGAGCUACAGUUCUGCUUCCUGAUGGUGCUCACGCUCGCGAACUACAGCUGUCUCGAGCAGUGGAAGCGGCUCCUCACCGUCUUCUUCACCUGCCGCACCGCGCUGGACGAAGCGGAAGGCUACUUUGUGCAGGUGGUUAGGGUGCUGCGUCUGCAGAUAAUGCAUGUGGACGAUGUCGAAGGCGGGCUGUUCGAGCUGAGGGACGAAUCUGGAAGCGCCUGGCUGAGGACGCUGUGGGCUCGGUUCAGGGCGGUGGUGGAUGACGUGGACAAGGGCCAAAGAGACUCGCUGAGAAGAGAGGUUGAUGGUUUGGAGAGGCUGUUCGAAGAAAAGUAUGGAUGGCAGAGUGAAAGGGACAUGUUGAGGAGAGGAAUGUUUGAGCUAGAGGAUGGCGAGCGAGUCGAGGUUACCAUGCACGGCGUUGACGAGGAUGAAGAGACCGGUGAGUAUGCGCCGGUCAUCGUUGAGACUUGA